AUUUAUGUGCAGUAAACUAAAAAUUAAUAACGCUUUUUACCACGAUUACCGGUAACAACCGCAAUUGUUAAAAGAAUAAGCUGAAGUAAUUGCAAAGAGAUUUUGGCAAUUGAUUCCAGUAAUAACUAUUCUUUUUCUCUGUAGUUUUUAGCUUUUAUCAUGUGUGUAGGUCAUGUUCAAGACCAAAGCAAAGGUAUGCAAAGUAACAAUUAUUAAAAAGCGGUUUCAUAAAUGUAGUCUUUGAUAGAAACCUCGUUAGAAAUAAGGACAACAUGACUGAAGAAUCUGAAGAACGAGAAAUGAAAAGAAGACCGAUUUCGAAAAUGGAUUAUCAAGUGCAUUUAGUAGUUCAUCGAGGCAGAUCUGUUUACGAUAAUAUUAUCUUGAAGUCACAUGAUGUCAUUCCGUACCAAAACAAUAAGAUCCAAAUUGAAAAAAAUGCCGAUGGUGAUGAUUGUGCAGAAUGUCGCAAAGUAAUUCAACUGCAGUUGAAUAAAAAGGGACUUAAUUCACAUUUGGUAUCCCUUUAUGUAUCAACCCUGCGAAGAUCUGAUUUGUAUCGGAUAUCCGCAAUGCGAAUGUUAAUUCGAUUCUCUAAGCAAAAAGUACCUCGCAAUGAAAAGUGGAUAAUUUUUAUUAAAUUGCGGAACCCAAGGAAACACUUUAUAGACUACGCAUGGAGUGAAAGGAUAACACGACUGGCAACAGAGAAAAGGGAAAUUGAUCAUGCAAUGUCGUGGUUAUCAACUUUAGGAGGCGCAUUUUCUGCCUUGGGCGAGGAAAUACCUUAUUGUGCGGAAGUAGCUGGAAAAAUAUCAGUGAAGCAGUUUAAAUUGGCUUAUCGUUUAGGAGAUCCGCUUUUGGAAGCACGCUGCAAAUUGUACGCAGCUUUGAGUUUAAUUCAAAGAGGAGAUCUCAAGACACCAAAGCGUAUGUUACGGGAUAUUUACAGGUUCGGAAUCCAUGAAAAAGACGUGCGGCUUCAAAAUAUGUGCCAGGGAGUGUGGGCAAAAUUAAAGUAUAUUAUCACAGCAGGAGGAGGCAAUUAAAAAUAUCUUAGAAUAGAAUAGCUUUUUAGCUAUUCAAAUGAGAAAUGGUGUGUGUCGUUUUUUGUAUAUUUGUAAAUAAAAUAACUCAAAAAGGAGAAUAAAAGGACCAAAAAU